CUUCUCCUGUCAUUAUUGCCAACAUGUCGUUCGAUGCGGAGAAGGUGCAGCGUGUUCUCAAGAAGGUGCCGUCCCUUUAUCGAGGACCCGGUGGUGCUGUCGCUGUCCUCAAAGAUGGCAACCUCGUCGGCCAACAUGUCUGGGGUUACGCUGACAUGGACCGACGGAUCCCCAUCACAUCCCAGGUCCUCUUCCCAAUCUGUUCGAUCACGAAACAAUUCGUUUCCAUGUUGCUGCUUGACCUUGUGGAGAAGCCACCGCCGUCGAUGACCCGUCAGGGGCUCCAGGAACAGUUGCUGGCCAGACUCCGUGAAGUCGUGCCCCCGGAAUUUGUCGACGAAAGCGGAUUGACCGUGGAGAACCUGGUCGACAUGUGCUCCGGACUGCGUGACUACUGGGCCCUCUGUACACUCCAAGGCAGUCGGCCGGACACCCCUUACUUGCUGAAUGAGCACAAUCCGGACAUGCUGCGCCGCAUCAGGUCUCUGCACUUCCGGCCGGGCUAUGAAUACUCAUACGCCAACACAAACUUCAACGUCAUGGAGCGACUCAUCGAGCACGUCACGAAAGAUUCCCUGGGCAACCUGUUUGCCGAAAGGAUCUUCGGUCCGGCCAAGAUGAAAACGGCGCGGUUGUGUCCCCGCACCGACAGGUUGCCCGCCCCCAUUGUCGGGUACGAGGGGUCGGAGAAGUUUGGAUUUUUCCCGGCACCGAACUUCAUCGAAUGGUCUGCCGACGCCGGCUUGGUGGCUUCACUCGACGAUAUGGUCGCAUACGAAAAGCACUUUGACCGCAGGUACACGGACCAACAGGACAGCUACCGAGACGCGAUUACUCCGCGUGAAUACAGGGACGGCGCCCGGGCAAAAUACCGCUACGGACUGCGGCAUGCCGAUCUUGGACAAUACAACACGAUGGGCCAUGGCGGAGCCCUUCGCGGCUACAAACUCAUGCGUCGUUACGUGGCUGGCGAACGCCUGUCCGUUGUCGUCUUGUUCAACCAUUCCGCCAGUGCGCCAGAAGCCGCCGAAUACAUUCUGAAGCAGAUCCUGGACGUAUCCGAACCACCGCCGUUGGCGGUUCAACCUGUUCAACAAUGGUUCGGAUCAUUCCUCGACCCUGAGACUCAACUUUCGAUUCGAGUUCGGCCAGGAGACGUCGCGGGCAAGAUCAAGAUCGACUACGUGAGAGGAGAAGAGACACUCAGACUCGUCGAUGCAAACAAGGCUGAAUCUCCCGACGUCGAGGCUUCGAUCGACGGGGACAUUCUGCACGUGCGCCGCUUGGACGACAACCGCGUGCUGACUGCGCGACGCCUUCUGAAAAACCAUGAUGCGGGCGCCAUGAUUGACAGAUCACAAUCACCAGUGCAGGGUACUUAUCGAUGCGGCGAGACAGAGUCCACCUUCAUCUGCGAGGGGGAGGGUGACAUGCUGUACGGGUUGUUUGAUGGUUGCUUCGGCCGGGGCCCGCCACACCUAAUGACCCAUCUCGGUGAAGAUGUGUGGGUGUUGGCCGACCCACGCGCCAUGGACGAUACACCUCCCGGCGAUUGGACUGUCGUGUUUGUUCGAAAUGAGCAAGGGGCCGUGGUCAAGGCCAACAUCGGCUGCUGGCUGGCUCGGAAGCUUGACUUCAUGAAAGUGUAAAAGGCCCGUUGCAAACGGCAAUCUCGGAGAGUCACAGUCGCCUGCCCAUCACGAAAAGCGUGCCUUUUUCCCUGCCAGUAGCAUAAAGAACUUCUCGCGAAGAAAAUACCAUCUCAUUCGCAGGCCGUUCGUUACAUUUUUUUUUCUUGGCGUGAUCUUGACAUACAACAGGUAUAAGUUGCCUUUAUUAGAAAGGGGGGUUCGCUUUAGGGGGGAUGGGUCUUGGGCCUGGUGUGCCGGCCAGUCCGAAAGAAUUCAGAAGAUGCCGAAUUACCUCAAUUACUACUUGAUGAAUCAAAUGGCGUAUCUCUCUCUGGGGUAGAUGGACAAAAAGAAAGAGAGAGAGAGAGAGAGAGAGAGAGAGAGAG